UAAGUGGGGGAAAACCCUCGAGAUAACCGCGGCACCCACCGCAAAAUUAACCGAAUCCGACACCGUCUGCCUCGCUCUCCCUCUGCUGGCUGCUGUCCAUCGCUGGAGGAUUUGUCGGGUGUUUCCGGGCGUCUCUGCAUCUGUGAGGAUGUUGCUGCGGCUGCUCGUGCUCCUGCCUGUCAUGUCCUCGGCUCAGCGAUCAGAGCCCAUGUUCUCAGCUAUAACCAAGACCGUCCUUCCUCCCGACUACGACAACAACCCCACCCAGCUCAACUACGGCGUGGCCGUCACUGAUGUGGACGGGGACGGAGACCUGGAGAUGUUUGUGGCGGGCUACAACGGCCCGAACCUGGUGCUGAAAUACAACAAGCAGCAGAAAAGGCUUCUCAACAUCGCCGUUGACAACCGCAGCUCCCCGUUCUACGCGCUGAGAGAUCGCCAAGGCAACGCCAUCGGAGUGACGGCGUGCGACAUCGACGGAGACGGUCGGGAGGAGAUUUAUGUUCUGAACACCAAUAACGCCUUCUCUGGUCGGGCAACAUACUCUGACAAGCUGUUCAAGUUCCGCAAUGGACGCUUUGAAGAUCUGCUGAACGACGACAUAAACGAACACAGAGAUGUGGCCAACCGGAUGGCUGGGCGCUCAGUGGCCUGUGUGGACAGAAAGGGAACCGGGCGGUAUGCCAUCUACAUAGCCAACUAUGCAAGUGGCAGCGUGGGUCCUCAUGCUCUUAUUGAAAUGGAUGAGGCAGCCAGCAAUCUUUCACAGGGCGUCAUUGUCCUCUCCAACGUGGCAGAGCAGGCCGGAGUCAACAAGUUCACCGGGGGGCGAGGUGUCGUGGUGGGGCCCAUCGUCAGUCAGACCCUGUCCGACGUAUUUUGCGUCAACGAGUACGGCCCCAACUUCCUGUUCAAGAACAACGGAGACGGGACCUUCAGCGAUGUGGCACAGCUGGCUGGCGUGGAGGACCCCAUGCAGCAUGGUAGAGGGGUCGCUCUGGCAGACUUCAACCGCGACGGAAAAACGGACAUCGUCUAUGGGAACUGGAACGGACCCCAUCGCCUGUACAUGCAGCUGAAUAACCGCAAACAGAAGUUUAAGGACAUUGCUUCCCAGAAGUUUUCUAUGCCAUCCCCGGUUCGCACCGUCAUGGCUGCUGACUUUGAUAAUGACAACGAGAUGGAGGUCUUCUUCAAUAACAUCGCCUACAGGGGCCCCUCCGCCAACAGGCUCUUUAGGGUGAGCAGGAGAGAGCACGGAGACCCCCAAAUAGAAGAGCUGAAUAUCGGGGAGGCCUCGGAGCCCGAAGGACGAGGGACCGGAGCCGUGGCCACGGAUUUUGACGGCGACGGCCGCCUGGAGCUGCUGAUUUCUCACGGCGAAAGUGCAGCACAGCCGCUGUCUGUCUACAGAGUAAACCAGGGGACCACCAAUGCCUGGCUGCGAGUGAUUCCCAGGACCAAGUUUGGCGCUUUCGCCAGAGGAGCUAAAGUGGUGCUGUACACCAAAAAGAGCGGCCCGCACACACGCAUCAUCGACGGAGGCUCGGGGUACCUGUGUGAGAUGGAGCCCGUCGCACACUUUGGCCUCGGUAAGGAUGUUGCCACCAAUGUGGAGGUGUACUGGCCAGACGGUCGUUCAGCUGCGAAACCCCUGGAGCCUUCAGACAUCAACAGGGUGCUUGAGAUCCACUAUCCGAGAGACGAGGAGGAGGUCACUCCUACGGUGGAAAUAGAGUGUGGUCACGGGUUCGCACUGAAUGAGAAUGGCCGUUGCACUGACAAAGAUGAGUGUACCCAGUUUCCUACUGUGUGUCCCUCCGACCGUCCCGUCUGCACCAACACCUACGGCAGCUACAAGUGCCGCGCCAAGAGGAGAUGCAACCAGGGCUUUGAGCCCAACGAUGACGGGUCCGCCUGUGUGGCCCAGGUGGCUUACUUUGGGGGGACGCAGUCUUCUAGUGAACGCAAAUGUCCAGGCCUUUCUUUCUGGAUACUCCCCGUCUCCGUCGUGCUACUAUUCAGCUCUAACCAUCUCCAUGCUGGACUACCGUAGCCUUCAACCGGUUCCUCUUCCUAACUCUCUCCACUGCUGUAUCGGGAUGUAGAGAAACUCAACGUUUCACUUGCACAUCUACUCUUGCUUAUUCUUUGCGGAUCUCUGCUGUAGUUUUUCCAUCUUAUAUUUCCAGCUUUGCCCCUUGCCCACCUCAGCCAUGUAUCACCUCAUGUGCCCCCCCCCCCCUCUGGACUAUAAAGAAACACACAAAGAGCAUGCUCGAAGGAAGCUAGGGGGUUCGGAACUGUGUGUGUGUGUGUGUCCCGCAGAGCCCUCACGUCAUCACCUGACACUUACCUUAGUGGGACCUGAACCGGUGCCAGGUCAAUAAGUGGAGCUGUGGCGAAUAAACCUCUGCACAUAUACAGUACAGCAGUCAGAUCUACUGGCUCCACGGACCGCAGUCCCACUGGGACCUCAUCUGUUUCCCCGCCGCGUUCCUCCUCACGGCGUCCCGCUUCCGGCUCUGUGCGUGAGGUGUGAGAGCGCAGCGCCCAGAGGGGCAGUCGGGUAGAGGAGCACAUGCCGGACCAUCUGUCUCUGAUAGUAGGUAACGCUUUGUUAAUGCAGCACACUGAAGAAUAUGAACACGCGUGUAUGUGUGUGGGAGCACAACAAUAGGAAAAAAGUGCAAUUUUAAUUUAUUUGUAGUAUAAGUAGCCGAAAGGUGCACUUGAAACAUCAUUUAUUCAGCAAUUUCUAAAUUAUUAACAGCUUAUAAUAUUUAUUGUGAAUAUUACAUCAAAAUUCAUCAUUUAAAUAUAAAUAAUGGGACAAGGCAUUUUAUUUUUUAUUUUGGAACAUAUAUAUUUUUUGUAAGGAUAAGGCUGGUGAUAAUCCAUAUUAUGUUACCUUCAGCCCCAUUAGUUUUUUAUAAAUGAUUUUGGUUUUUACUCCAACAGGAGUAAACUGUGCUUUUAUUCAGAAACCCUUUGAUAGUGUGCAAUAAACUGCAUGACCAAAAAGAAUAGUAUCAAAGGAACAUGCACCCACUGCUCACUGACGUGUUUUUAACGAUGUCAACAACAACACGGGCACAGCGGACUAAAUGCUUUUUUUUUGCAGGGUAAAAACUUGAUGAUCUUUUUUUUUAAGGUAAUAUAUCACCAGCCUUAUCCUAUCAAGUGUAAAUAAUAAGUGAACAUCAAAUAACAAUGUAUAAUUUUAAUGAUAACUUAAGGGAGCCUAUCCUCUCUGCACUGCAGAGACUGCACAACACAAUCAUCCUACCAGAGUUACACUGCAGCCACGCAUAGAUUCAUUGAGUGUUGGUCGGGCACUGAGUGUGUGUGUGUGUGUGUGUGAUGAUUUAUGGAUUCCUACCUAUUCACUGGCUGAGGCAAGUGUUAUGUAUUUUGGAAAUAUUUGGCCAGAAACCUCACACAUUCCAUUUAGGAAACAGCACCAGACUGACAUCAGUCCCCAAGCCUGCUAAUGAGUUGGACCUAAACCACAGAUGCCACAUGUAAAUAUCAAACAUUUCAGUCGAGAUUUAGAGACUGAACUCUUUUCUCUCUGAGACGUUUUUAAUGAAAACCAAGAGACAUCAGAGCAUGAAAAACUACUAAGCAAACAAUGAUGGACGUGUUAAAAUGACUCACCAUUGAUCUCUGUUGGAUCCACACUGAAGAUGUGUUCAUGGUCUCUGUGUAAGCCAAAGACUCCGUGGAGGGGAGAGAGUGACGCCACGUUUUCGUCUCAUUUUUGAAUGUUGUUAUCUAAACUGCACGCUUUAAAAGCACAUAUCCGUGUUCUCAAUCCUAUUGAUUACAUUCUCAUGCUUAAUUUCCUCAAGAAACAAUUUAAUCAUAUAUUGUCAAAGAAAUGGUUGUGUAAAUCCGGUCUUUAUCUUUUCCUGUGUUGAAAUGGGUUCCGGCAUUUCAGGAAGUUUGUACAGCAGAAAAAGGAUACCAAUUAUAGUUGAUAAAUCUUACCUACAUGCUUUUCUGUGUGUAUUCAACAUGAAGCACAAUAUUCACAGGGACGGAUUAUUUUGCUGAACCACUUUAGGCAUGCUUAACGCUAUGGUUACACGUUUAUGGGAUAACGUGGAUGUGAGUGACUACAAAAGUAAAGGUAGAAAUACAACAUGUUAAAUAGAAACUACAACAACAGUAGAAUUCACACAGCUAAGCUUUUCGCUCUGUGAUUCUGUGAAAUGUACCGUAACAAUGUCCCUGAUUGAUGUCCAAUGAUGUGCAGGAUGAAUGGUGUGUGUGUGUGUGUGUGUGCGUGGGUCUGUGCGAGCAUCAUGGUCACUGUCACGGCAUUGUUUGCGCCCCAGAGGAUCCAGAUGUGUUCCUUUCUGCUAAAAGAAUUGCAGUGAUGUCCAUAUGUAAAAAAAUAAAACCUGAAACACAAUGCUCAAUGUGUGGGUUUCAGGGGGAUUUGGACCAGCGUGUGUCUGUUUGUGUGUGUGUGUCUCUGUGUGUCUGUGUGUGUGUGUGUGUACUCAGUGUUAGCAUGUGCUCCGUGUGGAAAAAUAACCCAAAUGCCCUUUUCUUUCCGGACGAGCUUCAAACCACUAAUUAUAAAAUGUCCCACAAGUAGCAAUUGCACAAUGUUCAUGCGCCACAAAGCUUUUCCACAAAAUGACAGAAAAUCAGAUAUGAAUGUUAAGAAAAUGUGUUUACUUUAUUGAAAUUACCAGGGAAAAAAGAGCGGAAGGAGACAAGUAUAAAAAGCCGUAUGAAUGUGGAUGUAUAAACUUAGUGGCCAUUUACUUUAGCUGCAGCCAAAGAGUAUGUAUGUUUACUUUAGCUUUAGUUUUGUGAAAACCAUCUUGCUCCUGAUGCAAACUAGCGAGCAGGCUUUUCGGAGCGGAGUGGGGCGGUGUGCAAACUCACGUCUCCUGUGUCUUCAGCACUAAUUCUGGUGAUGCGUUGGGUUUGUUGUGGCCUGUAAUCAAAUUAACACUCAAUUCUACAUUCCCAUGAUUGUUUAGGCACAUAUCAAGUCCUGUGAUUGGAAUUCAUUUGACUCAUUGCAUUGUGCCCGGGAACUAAAAGAAAACGACAUCUACAGCUUUAGCUACUUGAGCAUGAAAGACAUAACAAACAACAGUUGGCUGGUAAGUAGCUUAGUUGAACAAAAUUGCUGUUUCCUUUUCUUUAACCUACAAAGAGACAAGAGGCUGGAGCAAAUUCGUGUGGAAUAAGCAAAAGGUUUUUCUUUUAGUUUUUUUUAUUGCUUUUGUUUGUUGCUGGCCAUCUUUUCUAUUCCUUAAGUCAGGGUUGUACUGAAUACAGUAGCUGCUGAAACCUGUGAGUCUGACCACGCCGCUUCUCUACAACAAAGUAUGGUGGACACAAACAAGAGGAGCGAGAUCAUACUUGUUGAACCAGUUUGUCGCUUCAUCCAAAUCAUGCAGAAUUUGGGUAACUUUCACUCAUUUAAAAAAAAUAAUAAUAAUCUUAAGCAAGCAGAAAAGUUUCAAAUAACGCAGAUCAAAGUCAACCCAAGUCAUAGUUUUAAACCUGUUUGAGGGUCUUUUUUUAGAGACGCUGCCGUGUUUCCAGUCCGCAGCAUUGAACUUGGUGACAGUAAUGUUAUUAUAUGGGGGUAAUUUAAAAAAUAUAUAUGAUUUGUCCAAUCCACUUGUCUGAAAAAGCCAUGAACAUGCAAACUGUGCGCAGGCUGGAGCCCGUGGGUCGGUCCGGAGGGGAAGCAGAAGUGAUCACCAGCACCGUUUAUUUGCCUUCACACGGGCUGUCAGUCACGCAGAGGUUGAAUAACAUGGGCGGAUACUUAUGUCAAAGCUGAUGGGCGGGCUGCGGCAAAGCAGGAGGAAAGAUUGGUGUGAAGGAGUCUCCAAACACUAUAAAUCAAAUAUGACAACAAGAGUGACGAGUUUCCACCUUUUUGUCUUCUAAGGAGUUAAGUAGAUUUUACUGCAGAAUGUCAAUGCAUCUUUUCAGUAAAUAUCUUUUAAAUUUAAAAUAUAUACGUUUUUAAAAGUUUAUGCAUGAGUGCAGUUUUGGGCAAAGACCGACAGCGUUUGGAAGGGAGCAGCAGCAAUGAUUCCUUCCGUUUGUUGCACCAUUGUGAAGUUGGGCAGAUGUGGACACAUGUUUGUUGGGCCUGAGUGAGUACAGUCAGAGUUCUGAUGCCUCGUGAGACUCGAGUUAACAAAUCACUCGAUGUGGCCGAAUACUUGUUGCCGUGUUGUUGUUUUUUUUUUGAGGGCAGUGAACUAAAUGCGUAUUUGAUUGUGAUCCCAGAAUAUAGGAACGACCAUCCUCCUCUAACGUCACUACAAGCCUGACCUUUCUCUGACACCAGUGCUUCUCCAGAGGAGCUUUCUAUUUAAUGCAUUAAAUGCAAUAACACAACUGUAAAGAUCACUUCAAUGCCUGCUCUGUGUUUGCCGCCGUGUUCCAGAAAUACUUCAACUGUCAUUUUCAGAAAUAAACAUUUGACUCAAUCAAUUUCCCUUCUCGGGCUUCUGUGGCUCAGGCUGAAAAGAAUAUGGUGGAGGAGGUAAAGCGGUCCAGUUCCUGUUUAGAAAAUAAGGAAUGAAAAAGUAUGGCAGAAGUAGAACGGACAGAAAAAGGUGUUGUGCAGCCAAAAGGAAUCUAAAAACUUGGAAACUCGAAACAAUUGCAGCUACAAACUGCGGCAGAAAGUGUGGGGGGAAAGAUCCGUGGUAACAAAAGACUUCUGUGUUGGGAUGAAGAGCAGUUUGUUAUCGUGAGAGUGACCUUUUCCAACAGGUGUUGAGAUGUUUCUUCACUCCUCUGCUGCCUCUGAGAAAAUAUCAGUUCAGUCUCCACUCCUGAUCAACACUGAGCCUGCCAGAAUGUUCUCGUUCAUUUCUGGCCUUAUGAGCAGGCUAUGAUGGAUCUACCGAACGCCUCUUACACACACACACACACACACACACACUACACAAAGUGUAGUUAGAGAGGUUGCAAAACGCUGCAAAAAAAGAUUCAAUAAAACAAGUCAACCUACAUUAAAUAAAUUGUUGGCCACUGACAUUAACAUGUUUUCGCCCUAUAAAGUUAACAAGGUGGUAGCGUUGCAAUUACACAUCUAGGAAAUACGGCAAUAUUAUUCGACAAAAACCUCAAAAUCCAACAUUGUUAGAUACCAGCAGCCGCCUGCAGUCACAAUAAACUUCAUCACACUUUAUUCAUCUCUCAGAGGCAGGUCAAAAUCCUCUCCACAUGCUCUGAAUAAUGAUUUAUAAGAUAUAAGAAAAAAGGACAUACUAAUUUAUAUUAUCCAGUGGUAACAGAUAAACAGCAUCAAGAUAAUAAAUUGAAGUUCUCUCUCUUAGCAGAGGGACUUUGUUGAUCUUGGAUUUGGCUUCUUGUCAUCUGGCAUUUCUUUACAAACACGUCAUGCAGCAUUUCACAUUAAUGCACUUGAAAGGACUUGAA